AGUUCGCGACUUAUCAGUAUCAAUACGCCAAAAACCGUUUGACCGCUGGUCAGUUUAACUUUGUCAGCCAACCUAAAUGGACCUCGUGACGGUGAUCCUCGGUACGGUAGUACUCCUGCUGCUCCUGUUGGAGCUUUACUUGCGCUUUUCACCGGCAUACCGUGCGGCAAAACAAUUCCCCGGUCCUGUUCUGCUGCCCAUACUCGGCAAUGCCCACAAUCUGCUGUUUAACGACCAGCUGAAGACCUUCCGGUUACCGCGACGCUGGGCAGCUCUCUACCAAGACACCUACCGGCUGGUGGUGCGUGGAAUUCUCACCCUGAACGUGUUCCAGGCGAAGGAUGUGGAACCGUUACUCUCGAGCCAGCGGUUGAUCGAGAAGAGUCUCAUCUACCAUCUGAUGCACGAGUUCCUGGGGAUCGGUCUGCUGAACAGUACCGGUACCAAGUGGCAGCACCGUCGCCGUAUCCUUACGCCGGCCUUCCAUUUCAAUAUUUUGCCCAGCUUCCUGCUCACCUUUCAGGACGAGUGCCGUAGUUUGGUGGCUCAUCUAGCAGCGGCAGCAGAUAACGGUGGACCCGUUGCCCUUCAACCACUGAUCACGAAGUUCACACUCAACACUAUCUGCGAGACGGCCAUGGGCGUCAAGCUGGACUCCGGUAACAUGGCCAACGAGUAUCGUGGUAAGAUAGAGGCGAUUGGUACCAUGCUGUUGGACCGUCUGAUGAACCCGUGGUUGUACGACCAGUUGACUUACAAGAUGGUAGGACUCUCGGCCAAAUUUAACAAACUCUUGCGCCCGGUGCAUGCCUUCACACGCUCCAUCAUACAACAGCGGCGCGAGCUGUUCCACCAGAAUGUGCGCAAUUUUGGUGAUUUCUCGGAGGAAAAUGUUUACACCAACAUCAAGCAACGGUACGCCAUGCUCGAUACGUUGCUGGCGGCCGAAGCGAAGCAACAGAUCGACGAGGAAGGGAUACGGGAAGAAGUGGACACGUUCAUGUUCGAGGGUCAUGAUACCACAUCAGCUGCCCUCAUCUUCACGUUGUUACUGGUGGCACUCCACCCCGAGGUUCAGGAGCGCUUGUACGAGGAGAUUCAACACAUUAGCCUCGGUAAAGCGGACCCAGACGCUGAGCUCUGCCAGGCGGACUACAACGAGAUGAAGUACAUGGAUCUGGUGCUGAAGGAAUCGCUACGCCUCUAUCCACCGGUACCGUUUAUCUCUCGUUCAAUCACUGAGAACACGUUCUUCGGAGAGCGGUUCGUUCCGAAGGGCAGCAUGGUCAAUGUGCAUAUCUACGAUCUGCACCGUGAUGCUAGUGUCUUUCCGGAUCCCGAGCGUUUCGAUCCCGAUCGCUUUCUGCCAGAGAAUGUAGAAGGCCGUAGCCCUUACGCGUACGUUCCGUUCAGUGCUGGACCAAGGAACUGUAUUGGGCAGCGGUUCGCGAUACUCGAGCUGAAAUCGGUACUCACGGCAGUACUGACACACUACCGUAUCCUGCCCGUAACGAAGCGUGAAGAACUGGAUUUCAUAUCGGAUAUCAUUUUGCGUACCAGUAAGCCUGUCUUUGUGAAAUUCGAACAUAGAUCACCCUCUGCCGUGCCAGCUGAACCCAAAACCGCAUAACUAUAAUAUGUUGGAG